AUGGCUGGUUGGUUCUUUCCAUGGUCAACCACUUUAAAAACACGUGCAUGUCGUCAAUUAAUUCAACAUUAUCUUGGAUUUUUCUUCCAAGAAAAACUUUCACUUGAUCAAUUAUCGAUCGAUUUAUUUUCUGGCCGUGGUCAAGUAAAAGAUGUCAUUUUGAGUUUAACUGCGUUAAAUGAGUCAUUAACAAAUAAUAAUAUUCCAUUCGAAAUAGUUAAAGCUUAUGUUGGUGAAAUCAACUUAAGUAUUCCGUGGACAUCACUACUUCAAGAUAAUUCUCUACUCGAUAUUAGAGAUCUUGAAAUAACAAUUCGACCGAAAGAGACAAACAAAUCGGUUAUCCCUACGGAAGCAAGUUUCGAAUUAUCUUCCAUGUUCAAUAGUAUGAAUACGAGUAUGCUCAUUGCACAAGAAUGUUUAAAAAAUGAAAUAGAAGAAGAUCAAAGUUAUCAAGGAUUAGAAACGUUUGCAGCAACUAUUGAUUCAAUACUGGCACGUGUUCGUGUUACUUUGACUGACACUGUGAUUAGAUUGGAACACUUAAUUAACGAUGAUGAUCAUGGAGUUGCACUGGAAAUUCGCGUUAAAAAGUUUGAGUAUUUUGACAGUGAAGCUAGUAUCGAUUUAACUUUACCAACUGAUUCAAAACCGUUUCUCCGUCCAACUGUAUUUACAAAUAAAAAUUUUGUAUUAAGUGGUGUCAGCUUAUACACCGAUGAAUUUUUAACAUACGCAAAAAAAACUUCAAUGACAGAAUCAUCUAUUGGAUUUUCAUCGCCAAAUCACUUGAUAGCAGACAGUAUGACAGCGAGUGUUGUCUCAAAUGACUCUUCUUCUACAACACGAAUGGUUGGUUAUAUCACGUAUGAUCCCAUACUUUGUUUAACUAUAUCUGGCAGACAAGAUAUUCGAUUAAAAUUAAAACAGUCUAAUCAAGUUAAAACAGUCAAUGGUCCAAAACUUGAAAUCGAAGCACACUGUGGCUCAGUUAAUUGUUUGUUAACACCAAAACAACUGCAAUCGUUGAUUAUACUUGUUACAGCAUACCAGAAGGCUGCGUUAAGUAGUACGUCAGAAGAUGACAGACAAUUAAAAAUAAAAACAAAAAGUCGUCCAAUGAGCGAGGAUGAUUUCAAAACCAUUCAACAAACUCUUGCGGAAGAAAUUCGAAUAAAAAAUCUUCGUACUGAUACAACGGAUUUUUACAAUUUUAGCGAUACUGAUUACGGAGAAAUCCCUGAUUCCAUGUUCACUUCAGCAAAAGGGAUGUCAGCUAGUAUUGACCUUCAAUCAUCUUAUACAAGCAGUCGGCAUGAUAACGCAUCUAUAUCAAGUCAACCGAGAUUUUCCAAUACUUCUGUAAAUACACCGACACUCGACACUACUCGUUUAAAAGAAGCUUCUCGUCGUUUAUUUGAACAAACACAAUCGUAUGCAAUAACAAAAUGUCGUUUUCAGUUCAAUUUUAUUUCCAUGUGUUUGUUACAUCGUGAUUUGCAACCGCCGUUAAAUGACUGUAAAACAUCCACAUCAACAAUAUCAUCACCACUUAGAGAAUUUGCCGACGCUUAUUUUUCGAAUACAUCAACAAUAAAUACAUCUGGUAUAUUAACAGAUAAACAAAUUACUGAACAUCGUGAAAAAUAUUCGAAUGCAUGCUUGAAAGAUCAUCUAUGUAUUAUUGGCAAGCCAUUGAUUCUUGAAUUUACUCAGCAAAGCGCUCAGAACUGUCUAUGUUUCGAUUUGGAUAUAAAGCUGGGAUUUUUUGAUGUUUGUGAAUGUCUUCGAAAAGAGAAUACGACAAGCGUACAACAGCAGAAAACAACAUCUGACACUGAUAUAAUUUAUAAUCCACUUUUAACAUUUAAUCGUUCUGAUAUCGACUCAUCAUCGUAUUCAUUUCCAUCAGUGAAUAGUAUAACAUCAUCUGUUCAAAUAAAUAUCUCAAGCUUCGACAUAAACAGUUCAAAAAAAAAACCGAGAACAGCCUAUGAUCGACAAUUAUUAUCGCUCCGUCCAUACACUGAUAUAAAUAUACGUCUUGCUCAGUGUCAAAUUAAUUUUGAUGUAUCAAUCAUCGACAGGAUACAUUGUCUGAUAAAAGCAUGUCAAGUCAACCAAAUACAUCAUCAAAUGGCACAAGCCGCCGCUGGCCAUUUCCACACUCCUGGCUCUCACAAAUCAUAUGGAACAUCAUAUGAAUCAAAUGAUAAUUCAUUGCUAAUACUCGACAUUAGUUCACCAUUUUGUACAUUCAAUUUGAGAUUUCCUGUACCUGAUUUACAACCGUUGUUAAAACGUCGUCCAUGGUGGAUACAAACCGUUCAUAAAGAUCUUCUUAGUUUUGAGUUGAAAAAACUUCAUUUUAAAUCUGAUAUUUUAUUAGAUGAAACAGCAGAAAAUAAGUUUGAAGUAACAGCCGAAUCUGUUCAAGUUUAUUAUCUAGAUGGUAUAGAAUCGAGUGAACGCUUACAUAUAGCACAAGUAGAAUGCGCCAAUGAUGAAAUAAUCAAACUAGUCAUAACUUCAUCAGAUUUAUCAAAAAAUUUUUCAAAUGAACUUGAUCGUAUGUCAGAAACAUUAUGCGAAUCAGUGAUAUGUCGUUUAACAACAACAACGGAUAAUAAAGUACCAUUAUCAAAUAAAAAUGCAUUGUAUGAUAAUAGAAAGAUGUUAACUGCUGCUGAAGCUGAUGAAAUGCACCAGUUUUUAUCCAUAUGUAGUCAAGAAACAAAAUUGUAUAUUCACAUUUUAAUACCCUAUUUAAUGUUGUAUAUACCCAAUCAAAAGUUCUUAGAAAAUAUUUAUAACAGAUUUGUGAAUAAUUUAUUUAUGUGGGAAAGUUCUGCCCCAUGGUCAAAUGCAAACACGGAUUACAUAUAUUCAGCAACGACAACAAUGAAUGAUAAUCAGAAAGCUCGUCUGUACAAUUCACUCUAUUAUCAGAAUAACAACGAUAAUAUUUUAUCCGAUGAUAAAUUUCAAAUGUGUAAAUCUGGAAUUAAUAGAGGUUUAUCUGAUUCAGAGACAAAUAUUUCGGAUGAUGAUGAGGAUAUGGACGAUGAGAGUGAGAGAAAAACGAAUGAUGCUCAUAAUUUGGUAUUAAGAUUGAAUAUUAAAGAUUUACAUAUUGCCGCUUUUGCUCCACUACCACCUACAGAUGAAUCAAAUGAAACAGAAAAGAAGACAGCGACAGGUUAUGUCGGUGAAUUUCGAAUUGAUGGAAAAGAUUUUACAUUAGCUAUUGUUGAUGGUUAUCAUUCUGAUCCAAAUUUACAAUAUUUUUGUCUAAUGAUGAAAUCGGCAUCACUUCAUCAUAAUGGUCAUGCUUAUCCCAUUAAAGCCAAUGCUCAUUUAUCUGACGUGAUAAGUCGCACACUACCAGAAUUAAUUCGAAGUAUACCGCCAAAUACAUUUCCAAAGUAUAAUAACGAUGGUACUAUGAUACGAGCUGCAUUUGAAAUUCGAACAGAUACUGAUCGCACAAAUGGAAAACAAAAGGUUAUUCGUGGUUCAUUCACUAUUGAAGGUGCAAUGUUACAUCAAAAAAUUGUGCCAAAAGCUGAAAAUUGGCUUUUACAGUUAAUUGAAUUAUUCGAUUUAACUGAUGAUGAAGUACCUGGCUAUGUACCAUCGAGUUCAUUGGUUGAAUGGCAUUUAGAAUUUCGACAUUGUGCAAUAAGUUACAAACCAUUGUAUUUUGAUGUGAAAUGUUUUGUGGCUAUCGAUUCACUAACACUAGCUAGUACAUAUGUGAAAAAUAGUAAAACAACUUUACUUGAGCUAAAUCUGGAUGACUGGGCAAUAUAUUUAACAAAAAAACGAGACAGAUAUCAAAUUGAUGUUCACAAUGAUUACGUGUGUGUCGUGAAUGGUGGUGCAUUUGAAAUUAAAUUAUGUUUUAACGAUUUGAUCGAAGAUAUUUUGAAAAAUCCAUUGAUUGAUAUUAAAAUCUCUUGCAAUAUGAUCAAUUUGCGAACAUGUUCUGAUUCAGCAGCAGCGCUAAUUGAAUUAUUGAAAUAUAUUGUUACAGAUGGGGAUUUACAACAACCUAAGAAGCCAUCAACCGAAAACAUACAAACAAACACAAUUAGAAAACGUGAAGGACCGCUUAAAUUAUCUACUGGCCAAACGUUUGACGGUGAUGAAGAUAUUGAUGAUAAUAAAAAAACUACACUGUUAGAAGAAACAAAAAAAGCUAGUCAAGAAAGUUUACAAGCAAUGAUGCUCGAGGAAGCGAUGAAAGAACACGAGCCAGAUAUACGUACUCAAACAUCAUCGUCAUUGUCUAUAUCGUCAACUACGUCUUCUCCUGAUCGUCAAAUACAGUCACUUUCAUCAACAAACAUCGCAUCUUCUUCAUCAACUACGGAAAUGACUCAGUCAGACAUAUUACCACCAAAUUUAUUUGAAACACAACAUACCGAUAGUGAAAAUGAGAUUAAAAGUGAAGAGGAUAUUGAGUUUGAAGGAGGUCCAGCUUUUUCACCAUUAUUACAGAAUGAAACAUCCGAUCAUUAUCGUGAUGGAUCUAUCUUGUCGCCAUCGUUGCCGUCAAAGGUAUUAAAAAAUGUUGAUCAUCGAAAUCAGCGGAGAUUAUCGUCAGAUCAUCGAUAUGUUGAAAGAGGACGAUGUAAUGAUGAUUUUCGAGAGUUUGAAAUGAUUGAACGCGAAAUUGGAAUGGGAAGACCUCCACAAGAUGGAGUAUGUCAAAUACAUGUAUUAACUGAUCAAAUAAUACAUAUUAAUGAGAAUCAUUUUUCUAAACCAUUGGAACGUAAUGAUAUAUUAAAUGCACCAUCCUAUUUACCAGUACCAACAUUUCGUUUUUCUAUUCGUCAUUUAUCGCUAGUAUGGUAUAUUUACGGUGGCAGCGAUUUUAAAGAAAAACAAAAAUCAGAUGACGGUCAUCAACCACUUGUUCAGUUGAUGAUUAAAGAACCGAUGCGAAGUUUUACAACAACAUCCAAUGAUAUCACAAGUGGAAAUUUAUCUAUGCCAUCACAAAAAGCUGGUGGACGCUUGUUAAAUACUUAUGAUCCUAACCAAUUAAAUCGACGGCAGCGAGGAGGUGCGUCUCGUGAUCUUAACACAAGUAUGGAAUUUUCUAUAACGAAAGCUCGAUGUCAAUAUGAAGCAUAUCCUGAUAAAGAAAAACAAUGUUCACGUUUUGCAUUUGCUGUGCAUGAAUUUGAAAUUCGAGAUCGUCUAAUUGCACGUUCAGAAAUCAAUAAAUUUCUUCAUCUGUAUACAACAGAAGCAUUACCAAGACGCACUCAUGCUGAUAUGUUGAUUAUUAAAGUUCUUCACACAAAACCGGAAGGUUUUGAUUUGCAUUUACAAGAUAAUGAAAAAAAAUCAGAUAACGAUACAUCUGAUGUUAAUGAACUUUUAGAAUGUGAAAUUAAAGUUUCCAUGCAACCAUUACGUAUCAAUAUUGAUCAAGAUGCGCUUGUAUUUAUGCGUCGAUUUUUUACAGAAUUAACUGCAAGUAAUCCGUCCACCGUUUCAAAUGAAGUACCUUCCAAUUUAUCAGGACAUGAGAACUUGCUAAUAAACAACGAUUUUGUUGACAACUCUUUUCCUCAUGCGUCUCGAAGUUCAGAAUCUUUAACAGCCCCACCAGUAGUACCACCGGCGCCAUCGACAACGACCGGUUCAUCUGUAUUUAUUAAACAUUUUGUAUUUUCACCAUCGGUUCCAAUACGUCUAGAUUAUCAUGGAAAACUACGUAAUGAGUUAUUAUUUGAACAAGGACCUUUGUUAAAUCUGUUAGUCGGUUUGGCUCAAUUAAACAAAGUAGAUUUAAAUCUAAAACGUAUAUCCUAUAAACGUGGCCUACUUGGCUACGAACGUUUGUUAACAUUUAUACUAAAUGAAUGGUUAAAUGAUAUACGUCCAACGGAUGUUUUAAAAGGUAUUGUACCCAUCUCAUCUAUUACUCAAAUUGUUCAAGGCAUUCGUGAUCUAUUUUGGUUACCCAUUGAUCAAUAUCGAAAAGAUGGACGAAUUAUUCGAGGUAUUCAACGUGGUGCAUCAUCAUUUACUACCUCAACAGCAUUAGCUAUUAUUGAAUUAAGUAAUCGUUUAGUUCAUUGUGCGCAUAUAGCUGCGUUACUUUGUUUUGAACUUGUAUCUCCGUCUUCCUCAUCAAUAACAUCUUCCUUAGUACUACAACAAACUUCAUCUAAUAAUCGUAUGAUGAUUCGUUCACAUCCCCCUCCAAAUGAUAUUCGAGAAGGUGUAUCAUAUGCUGUUAAUGUUGUACGAGAAAGUAUAAGUACCACAUCGCAUACAUUAAAAACAGAAGCACAAAUCGGAAAAAGACGUCGAGGUGUUUUAGGUGUUGUAGGCGGUUUGUUAAGACAAAUGCCAGCUGUUGCUGUACAACCAUUUGUAACAUCAACAAAAGCGGCUGAAAAUUUUCUCGUAGGAGUUCGAAAUCAAUUAGAUCGAGAUGAAAGAAAUGACGAUAAAGAAAAAUAUAAAAGUGAAUGA